CGUUACAAAAUUCACCGAACCAUCACUUCACUUCCACUCUCUCACUCCCCUUCUCCACCGCCACCACCGGAAAAUGGCCGCGACCUCCUCAAUCUCCCUCAAGACCUUCACCGGGCUCCGCCAGAACACGGCGGAGAAGCCCCACUUCGCCGCCCCCAGGACCCACCGCCCCGUCACUCAGAAAUUCCAGGUCCUCGCCGCCAAGACCAGCCCCAAGCUCACCAACCGCAACCUCCGCGUCGCCGUCAUCGGCGGAGGCCCGGCCGGUGGAUCCGCGGCGGAGUCCCUCGCCAAGGGCGGCGUCGAGACGUUCCUCAUCGAGCGGAAGCUCGACAACUGCAAGCCCUGCGGCGGCGCGAUCCCGCUCUGCAUGGUGGGAGAGUUCGACCUGCCGCUGGACAUCAUCGACCGGAGGGUCACCAAGAUGAAGAUGAUCUCGCCGUCGAACGUCGCCGUCGACAUCGGGCAGACCCUGAAGCCACACGAGUACAUCGGGAUGGUGAGGAGGGAGGUCCUGGACGCGUACCUGAGGGAGCGAGCGGCCGAGAACGGCGCGACGGUGAUCAAUGGGCUGUUCUUGAAAAUGGACAUGCCUCAGGACAAGAACGCGCCGUACCGUUUGCAUUUCACGGAGUACGAUGGCAAGAAAGGUGGGGUUGGCGAGAAGAGGACUCUGGAGGUGGACGCUGUGAUAGGGGCUGAUGGGGCCAAUUCGAGGGUGGCCAAGUCCAUCGGUGCUGGCGAUUAUGACUACGCCAUUGCUUUUCAGGAAAGAAUCAAAAUCCCUGACGACAAGAUGGUGUACUAUGAAAACCUAGCCGAGAUGUAUGUCGGCGAUGAUGUCUCGCCUGACUUCUAUGGCUGGGUUUUCCCCAAAUGCGACCACGUGGCUGUCGGCACCGGCACAGUGACACACAAAGGGGACAUCAAGAAAUUCCAGCUAGCUACAAGGAAAAGAGCCAAAGACAAGAUCAUGGGUGGAAAGAUCAUCCGAGUGGAGGCACACCCUAUUCCCGAGCACCCCCGACCAAAGAGGUUGUCUGGAAGAGUGGCCCUAGUGGGCGACGCUGCUGGGUACGUGACGAAAUGCUCGGGCGAGGGCAUCUAUUUUGCAGCGAAGAGUGGCAGAAUGUGUGCGGAAGCCAUCAUCGAGGGCUCUGAGCAGGGGAAGAGAAUGGUGGAGGAGAGUGACUUGAGGAAGUACUUGGAGAAGUGGGAUAAAACGUACUGGCCGACCUACAAGGUCUUGGAUGUGUUGCAGAAAGUGUUUUACAGGUCAAACCCGGCGAGGGAAGCAUUCGUGGAGAUGUGCGCCGACGAGUACGUGCAGAAGAUGACUUUCGAUAGCUACUUGUAUAAAACCGUGGUGCCUGGGAAUCCAUUGGAUGAUUUAAAACUGGCCGUGAACACCAUCGGGAGCUUGGUGAGGGCCAAUGCCCUAAGGAAAGAGAUGCAGAAAUUAUAAGCAUGUGAAGAAGUGAAGCGUUUUAGGUACAUCAUCCGGACCUUUUUCACCUCUUUUAUAGAUAAUUUCGCAACGAUUCAAUUGGAACAAAUCAAAGAUGGCUCUGUAUCUGAUUCAGGGACAUUCAUGUUCGCUUUUGAAGUUAGUAUUUCUUUAUAGUGUAUACCAUUAUCAGACUGUUUCUGCUGUCAACAAGGGAUAUUGUACUUCUCCAGCUCGCUGAUCAUAGCAAUCUGAACCACCAUAACUCU